UUUUGAGACUAUCAAAUGCAAUACGUCCACCAUCCAUACCAUUUUCUCCGACGGAACACUUUAAUUUACAGAGGAAUGGUUCAUUUUUAAGAGAUAACUUGAAUAAACAUUUGAUAUUGUCUUGAUGUUAGAGAUCUUCAGUAUAUUUUCUACAAAAAUAACAGAAUCAUCAAAUUUCUUGCCAGAUCUGACAAUAGCCAAUGCAUCUUGGUAGGUAACAAGGAAUCAGGUGGAGCGGAUAGAGGGUUGGGUAAUGGCCACUGCAGAGUCCUCUGAUAACACUCCCAACAUCUCUGUGACAGUUCCUAGCAGCCCCGAGGAACUGCCAUCUCCUGUAACCAAAGAGGGGUCACCCAGGGUUCCGAAAGACAAUGUGAAGAACGGAGGAGAGGGAAGCGGAGAUGGGUCCGGGACAUCACCUUCUGGGUUCUACGGCUCUCCUAGCUCCAGGAAGCAGGGUGGGGAUAGUCCCUGGGGUGGCGAUGCAGGUAGUCCUGGUACCCCACUUUCCUUGGACACUACUUUGAAGAGUCGUCAGAGUGUUGAUUCCCUUGGGACGCUGGCCAGCCAGUGCAGUAUUGGAGAUGGGGACACCAGUAGCCUGACCAGUGGGGCUAGUAGCCCAGGGGGAACCAGCUGUGGGAGUGGGAGAGUGGAUUCAAAGCUGGGAAAGAUCGAGGUGAUCAGAGGCAGUACCGAAGAAGAACUGUUGGCAAAGAUGGAAGAACAAAACAGGCUUUUGGAGGCAGACUCCAAGUCUUUAAAGUCAGUGAAGUCUUCCAGGAGAGGUUCCAAUGCAAGCCAACAAUCCACCAGCUCCUCCACCAGUAACCUAAGCAGCCAGGCACUGAACAACAGCAGCGGGAGCGGAGGAGGUGCAGGAGGUGGGGGAGGCACAGGGAGCGUCGGAGGAGGGCCGGAGGAUGAGGAGAGCAUGAGCACGCAGGACCAGUGGUUGAUAUGGGGGAAGAUUGUGAAUGACUGGGAUGAAUACUCAAAGAGGAAGAGCAAACAACUGAAGGAGCUUGUACGAGUGGGUAUCCCGCACCAUUUUCGGGGCAUCGUCUGGCAGCUGAUGUGCGGUGCCUUCAACUCCCCUCUCAAGGAACAGUACGCCCUCUACCUGAAGAUGCAGUCGUCCUACGAGCGGGUGAUCCGCAGAGACAUCGCCAGGACGUACCCUGAGCAUGAGUUCUUCAAGGAGAAGGAUGGACUGGGCCAGGAGACUCUGUUCAAUGUCAUGAAGGCUUACUCGUUGCAUGACAGAGAGGUUGGGUAUUGUCAAGGAAGUGCCUUUAUUGUUGGUCUUCUUCUUAUGCAGAUGCCAGAAGAAGAGGCUUUCUGUGUUCUUGUCAAACUGAUGCAGGACUAUGGGAUGAGGGAACUCUUCAAGCCAAACAUGGCCCAUCUAGGUCUCUGUAUGUUCCAGUUUGAGUGUAUGCUUCAGGACCUAUUACCUGAGCUUUACAAACAUUUUACGGCGCAGGGCUUCCAUACAUCAAUGUACGCGUCGUCGUGGUUUUUAACACUGUUUGCUGUCUGCUUGCCAAUCUCCCUCUCAAUGCGGAUCAUGGAUCUCUUUAUCUCAGAAGGUAUGGAAGCCAUCUUUAGGAUAGGAGCCGCUAUCCUUCAGCUAAACUGUGAAGACCUUCUAAGACUAGAUAUGGAGGAGAUGUUAAGGUUUAUCCAGAAGCAUGCUCCUAAGAUCCAUGAAGAUGAACCAGAGCAUCUCCUCCAGUCUUCCUACCUCAUUAAAUAUAAUGCAAAGAAGAUGAAAAGGCUGGAAAAAGACUACUUUGCAUUCAAAGAGAAGGAGACUGAAGAACAGAUUGAAAUGAGGAGACUACGCACGGAAAACCGACUCCUCCAUCAAAGGAUCCAGAACCUUGAAAAAGAGAAUGAGCAGCUCGCCGACAAACUCAUCCAGGGUCAGCUCUCCUGGGCCAUGGAGGCCGAGGAGGUCUAUGCCAUCCGUCGGGAGCUGGAGCAGACACGAAACGACCGUAACGCCGUUGCCAAGGACCUUGAAGGGGCCCAGACUGUCAUCAACGACCUCAGAGAAAAGAUUUUCCGUUUACAAACCCCACAUAUAUGAUAAUAAUGUAAGUAU